CGCCCCGCCUAACCUCCUCUAGGUCCUCAGGAAACGGUGACGCCGGUGGCGCUGCACUGGUGCUAGGGCCCGGGCACCGGCUACCAUCUUUGGCGUGCGGCGGCGGCGGCUGCUGUGGUGCGAGGAAGGGAGGAGGAGCCGAGCGGGCGCUGCUACCAAGGCCUGACCAUGGACGAGGAAUACGAUGUGAUCGUACUGGGGACCGGCCUCACCGAGUGCAUCCUGUCGGGCAUCAUGUCUGUGAACGGAAAGAAGGUGCUGCACAUGGACAGGAACCCCUACUAUGGAGGCGAGAGCUCCUCCAUCACGCCGCUGGAAGAGUUAUAUAAGCGUUUUCAGUUGCUGGAGGGGCCCCCUGAGUCGAUGGGCCGGGGCCGAGACUGGAACGUUGACCUGAUCCCUAAAUUUCUCAUGGCCAAUGGGCAGCUGGUCAAGAUGCUGCUCUACACGGAAGUGACUCGCUACCUGGACUUCAAAGUGGUGGAGGGCAGCUUUGUCUACAAGGGUGGCAAGAUCUACAAGGUGCCGUCCACUGAGACCGAGGCCUUGGCUUCCAAUCUGAUGGGCAUGUUUGAAAAACGGCGCUUCCGCAAAUUCCUGGUGUUUGUGGCAAACUUUGACGAGAAUGACCCCAAGACCUUUGAGGGCGUUGAUCCCCAGACCACCAGCAUGCGUGACGUAUACCGGAAGUUUGACCUGGGCCAGGAUGUCAUUGAUUUUACUGGCCACGCACUGGCGCUCUACCGCACUGAUGACUACCUGGACCAGCCCUGUCUUGAGACCAUCAACCGCAUCAAGUUGUACAGUGAGUCGCUGGCCCGGUACGGCAAGAGCCCAUACCUGUACCCGCUCUACGGCCUCGGGGAGCUGCCCCAGGGCUUUGCAAGGUUGAGCGCCAUCUAUGGGGGCACAUACAUGCUGAACAAGCCUGUGGACGAUAUCAUCAUGGAGAACGGCAAGGUGGUGGGCGUGAAAUCUGAGGGCGAGGUGGCCCGCUGCAAGCAGCUCAUUUGUGACCCUAGCUACAUCCCAGACCGUGUCCGCAAAGCUGGGCAGGUGAUCCGCAUCAUCUGCAUCCUCAGUCACCCCAUCAGGAACACCAAUGAUGCCAAUUCCUGCCAAAUCAUCAUCCCCCAGAACCAGGUCAACAGGAAGUCAGACAUCUACGUGUGCAUGAUCUCCUACGCACACAACGUAGCUGCGCAGGGCAAGUACAUCGCCAUCGCCAGCACCACAGUGGAGACUGCAGAGCCCGAAAAGGAGAUUGAACCAGCACUGGAGCUGCUGGAGCCCAUUGACCAGAAGUUUGUGGCCAUCAGUGACUUGUACGAGCCUAUUGACGAUGGUUCCGAGAGCCAGGUGUUCUGUUCCUGCUCCUAUGAUGCCACCACACACUUUGAGACAACCUGCAAUGACAUUAAAGACAUCUACAAGCGCAUGGCUGGCUCAGCCUUCGACUUUGAGAACAUGAAGCGCAAACAGAACGACGUGUUCGGAGAAGCUGACCAGUGAUCGCCUCCCCCAGCCCGUGUGCAGCACCCUCUGCUUGCCCCACACAUUCCUGUUCUCCACCUAGUGAUUCACUGACCGAAUCCUUAACCUAGAGACGCUUUCGGAUAGCGUCUCUCUUGGGCCCUCCCUUAGCCUAGGACAAGAGUGUGCGUCCUCUCUGUGUGUGCCUCCUCCCCUGGCCCCGAUUCCUCUGCUCUCUUUGGGAACAAUGUGGAGGACAAGCCUUUGGAGAUGCCCCCUGCCUCCCGCCCCCCCACCAACUCAUUCACAUGUUGGAAAGAAGGGGUCUUCCCAGCAUACAGUGGCAUUCCUCUUCCCCAUAAUUUAUUCUAAUUUAUUAACUGGAACCCAUCCCACCACACCCUGUUGGCAUAGCCGGGGUGGGGCAGAGGGGGAGCUCUUCCUGCCCUGCCGCCCUCCCCAGUCCUGACCCAGCCUCGGGAGCUGGGCAGACUCCAGCGUGGCCCUGGUGGACUUUGCUCUUUGCUUUCUCUUUGUGUUUGUAUUCAAAGCAGGAGGUGGACAGUGGCUGUACAGCCCCAUGUGCUCUGCCCCAUGUCUCUCCUGUAGCGCUGGGAAGCCCUGACCUUGCAAAGUCCAUGUGUUCCCUUCCAUAAUCUCUAGUGUCUCACAGAAAACCAAGCCUCCCAAUAAAGCCGUGUUCAGACCUGA